ACAGCAUCAGUCGUAAAUUAAACUCAAUGGCAUGUAUUGAUCUGUAGCACUGGUUCCAUCCGGGUGACGAGCGUGUUCUGACCCCUAUGACAUAUUUAUUCCUUUUUUUCUUUCCUUCCCUGUACUUCUCUUCUUCUCAUGCUAAACAUCCCAUACAGUACUCCACACACACACACCAUGAGAUGUGUGUGUGAAUGUAUGUGAUGAACAGAAGCAGCAGUAAGAGAUGAUACUGAGCGUGGUGUGGAUGAUGAUGAUGCCUCAGAUAGAACGGGAGAUUGUGCAAACUGACUGACUGUCAGAUCGGUGCAGCGGCAGAGAGUGGGACAGCGGGGGUUGUCUCGGGGAGGUGGGGUCUGUCCCAUGUGUCGACCGUCUGAUGGAGAGAAGAGGGGCAUAGCACAGUGAGUAUGAGAGGACACAGAGUGCUACGCUGAGAGAGAGAGACUGCAGGCAUGAUGCAGCGACACGGAGGGGCAUGUAUGUUUAAAGAGGCUGCAGCAGAGUGAGGUGUGUUAAGCAUGAGCUCCCCAGAGACCUGAGGUUAAACAUCUGUAAAGCAUGUGAUUGGACAAACAAUACCCCUGAACACCUACAGCAUGUGAUGUUGCGGUGGAGUUUGCAGACCCUUCGCCAUGCUCUCUCUGUGGAUUCUUUAUCUUCUUCUCCCCCUCUCCUCGCCUCUCUCACUGCAUGUCAAAGCCCUCGCUGGAGAAAAUGUCAAGGAGACAGACACUGACACAGCGUCGCAGCGUCUCACACAGCCCCCACAGAGACCUCGUAGAUCUGGUUUAGCACCGGGGAAUCCCACGUUUGGGACUGAGAAUGGUGACUUACCUGUGAGUUGGCCUCUAUCAUCAUCAUCUGAGGAGUUAGAUAGACAAGGUGUGAUCGGUGAAUAUGUUGAUGUACAGGAGAGCACAGAGACAUCUCUUUUGUAUCCUGGCGAGAAGGGACUUAUCAUAUCCGGACCCACAGAUACAGAGGAUGCCACGCAAACAAUGAGGUCUUCAUCAGGAGGAGUACCACCUCAACCUAGCCAGGAACAAACAUUAAAGUAUCAGCCAGCUGAGACAGGUAUUGGAUCUAUAUUGCAUCCUACGGAGAGUGGAGAGAAUCAGAAGAAUGAGACGACUGAUAGCCAGUUACCUUUUCUUCUGUCUGGCCCGCUUCCAUCAGACCAGAACCCCACUUCACCGCCGUCUGCUGGAUCUGGCCCUGAUGGCCCUACCCUACCAGUAGCCAGUUGGGGACGGACCAGGAACCUUUCUGCUAUCACGCAGGGAGAGACACAGCAGGGGACUUUCCCAGUGAAAGAGGCCGGAGAUGGAUUGAUUGAUAUUAGGGGUCGUAUUUUACACAGAGGAGCUGUCAGCAUGGAGGCACAUAAAGAUGACUCCAAGGAUGAUGACCCGAAUUUCUCAAAGCCCAGUGGCACACUGUUGCUUGAUGGCGACACAGACACGUCUGCCACACCCUGCAAAACAUCAGACCAGUCUUGGACUCCCACCUACCCAGAUGACGAGUCCCUGCGCCCCUCUCUGGCUCUCAGCCCUGCCCUUUUCGUCCCUCUGUACUCCGACUGGAACUCUGCCCUCGCCACAUGGGGAUUUGCGUGGGAAGCGCACGUCUAUGGCCUGGGGUCUGUCUUUACUGCGUUUGGCCUGAUCUCUGUGGUCUGCCUGCUAGGCCUGCCCCUGCGGUGUCCUCCGGGAAUCCCCUACUUCACCCUGCUGCACUUGUUCCUCCUAGCAUUUGCUGGGAUCCAGGCGUUCUGUUUGCUCUACGAUGCUUACAAUCACCAGGACCGUCUCCCUCCUCUGGGCUCUCUGCUGCUCUCUGAGCUGCCCUUCCCCUGUUUGAUCGCAGCCUUCUCCCUCGCCUUCAUCCUUCUGUCCCUGCGUUCGCGAAUGCACCUUUCACUCCCACUUGCGAACUCCACCUCGUUCUCAGCCUUGCCCAAACCUUGCCUGUUGCUGUGCAUGUCCCUGUUGUAUUCCGUCGUCUCUCUAGGGUGCGUCGGCAUGCUCCAGCUCUUUCACAGCCUCCCCUCCGUCAUCCUGCUAUUCCCCCAGGGUGUGUUUGUGUGUCUCACCAUCUUUCUCUCAUGCUCCUACCUCAUCUUUUACUGCUUAAUGCAGUUCAACACUAAACACGUCUACAGGCUGAAUGACAACGGAGAGAGCGGAGGGUCUCCUGAAGUGAUGCGACCUGCACGUUGCCCCUUCGCCAAAGUGGAGGACUGGGGAAGGGCAGCGGGAGCUGGAGUAGGAGCUUCGUUGUGUUUGUUAGGGUGCGGAGGCCUCCAGUUUUAUGGGAUCCUGCACGCCCUUGGUUUGGGUGGGGUUGACGGCUAUGGGUUCCAGCCCUGGCCCUGGUGGGGCUACCAGGUCGGCUGCAGGCUCUGUGAGGUCGGGGUGUGUCUAGGUUUGUCUCUCAUUGGUUCGCACCCUCUAUUCUGCAACAACAACUCCUCCAUUAAGACCAUAGCUCAUCCCAGACCAGGAUCUUGGUCCCGCCUCUCCUGCAGCUCCCCUUCACGAGGGCUCACCCUGCCCUCUCAGGGAGCUGCAGACUCUCCUGUCCUCUCAUCUCACGACUCUUGGUCCCAGGGCAAGCAGGAAAAGCUGGUGGUCUGUGAUGUCAUCUCUAAGGGACAGUCAGAGGCUCUUCCUCUUUUCUCAAUGGUGGAUCCACCUGGAAACGGGCUAGACUGCGUCCCCAAGUCCAGCCAAAGCCGGAGAACUGUGCUACCUCUCCCUGCACCCCCAAGCCCACCGCACCAGCCUAAAAACGCAGUUGAGUCUCAGCGAUCAUCACUGGAUAGCUUCGGACUGGACUCAACCGUGGAUCUGCGGCCCCCGUCUCCCAUAGACUUGUCCCGCAGCAUUGACCAGGCUCUGUUCAGUGAGUCGCUGUUCUCUCACAGUAUCUUUGGUUUGCCGAGACUCGUCCAAACUUCCUCCAGCCACUCGUUGAGCUCUCCUAGCCAAGGUGCGUCAAAGCAAGGGCCCAGCUCUGUGGAAAACGCCCUAUACCGAACCUCUUCCUGUGGUGACGUGGAAGAAGAGUCCAGUUCAAGACCUUCCCAGCCACUCGGCUCUUUGACGCCUCACAGCAAGCCACCGACGUCACCAGAGCAAUGGGACUGGAAAGAGAGCGUCUCUGGUUCAACCCAGGGCCUGUGCGGAAAUCCCAAGGAGACGGGAAAGCUGCGCUCACAUUCGUGGGCCAACAGAGGUCAAAACUUUGCUCAGAGCAGCCUCCCGCGAGCAAUCCCCCACCUGUCUUACCACAGGCGUUACCGAACCCUGAGCUUAGCCUCCCAGGACAGUCACGGAUCUGGCCGGCUGGCGGGGACUAAACACCUGAGUGAGAGCAAACAGCUGGAAUGGGAUCUGGAGGUACAGGCAGAGUUCGUCAGUGUUUGUAAACAAAUUGACACUCUAAGUGUUUGCAGUGACACCAUUGAAUUGUAGAAAGUUAUGAUUGAAAUCAUGAUGUUGUACAGAAAUAGCAGACGGAUCAUGUUAGAUGGAGGAACUGUAAAAGUUAUACAGAUGAAAAUAAUUACCUGAACUAAUGAAAGGGGAAUGGACAAUAUUUAUAUAAUAUGUAGACCCAACUUAUUAUCUAUAAAUAUGUUGAUAUUAUAUAGGCUGUCUUCAUCACAGUUCAUCUCCGUUUUAAUAUUUGUAUAACUGAAAAAGUUAGACGUGCACAGAAGGACUUAAAUAAUGAGAUCAGCCCCUUUGAGCUCUUCCCCAUUGUGAUUUUAUGGACAGAAUAUUUCAUCUACAUUGGUAAACAACAACAAUACAAAUUAAAAUCUAAUUCACCGGAGGGAGCUGUUUGUGAUGGUGAAGCAUGAUAUUUUGCCGGCACAUGAUCAGCAACUUGCUGGCCAUUAAGUUGUGUACAGAGUUAGCAAAAUUUUACUUCAUAAUGGGAACAGAUAUUUUGUCAUGUAAUGCUUUCCUCAGAGGUUUAUCACAUGUUAUUUCAAUGUGGUGUAAUAAACUUAGGAAGUCAAGGAAAAUUCAUAUAUA